AAUACAGUCUGCCUUGAUCCAGUCCAUAAAGAAAGACCAGAAGGAGGAUGAUACCAAUGUCACUCUGGGGGUCAGUCAUGUUGUCAAGAGCAAGGUGCAAUUCAACGGAACUAUCAUGAGAAAAAAAUUGAUCAAAAAGUUCAUCUCAAAGCCAAAUAAGUUCUCCAAUCAAGUGAACCAGAAGAAAUGGUCGCUGAAUGAAAACCCAUUGGAUUUGGUCAGUUUGAAGACGCCAGAGGAGUUGCCGUUGGAGAUAUCAAAUGUUGAAGUGCCAAUGAAAGGAAGGAUGAAAAGAAGGGGAAGGGGAAGACCAAAGAAGAAAACCACCAAGAUGCCUGAUCUUCAGCCACAGACAGAAUUUAGUUUAAACAAACAAACCUGCCUUGAGACUGAAUCCCAGUUAGGUCUGGACAGCCAAACUUGCCUUCAGCCACAAACUCAGUUAUGUCCCAACAGAGAAACUAGCCCUCAGCAAGAAACUUACCUUAAGUCCAAGACUCGGUUGUGUCCCGAUGACACAGAAGCUUGCCUUCAGUCCCAAACUCGGUUGUGUUCAGUCAAAGAAACUCGCAUUCGGCCAGGGUCCAGGUUGUGUUCGGACAGUGAAACUCGCCCUCAGCCAAUAACGCAGCCAUGCCCAGAUAUUGAAACUUGCCUUCAACCCACAUCUGAGCAAUGUCCGGAGAUCGAAGCCCGCCUGCAGCCUCAAUCGCAGCCGUGUCCGGACAGAGAGCCUCUGGAAACUGUAGACGACAUUAUUCUGCUUGAGGACAAUUCAGUAUCGCAAAAGAAACAUGACUCUGUAGUUAAAAGGGGCAGAGGAAGACCCCCAAAGAAAAAGAAGCGGAAAGAGUUACAUGAAGAUUUGUGCAGCCGAAAGAAUCCAACGAACAUUCGUAGGAAAAGAGGAAGACCAAAGAAAGCUGUAGCAGGUGGUAGGGUUACCAAGGCAAAGACUUAUGAACAUUACAAUGGACAAAUCAAAUUGAAGAAAGUGGUCAUUAGAGAGCUGAGAAGUUUAAAGGCUCUCUUGGAGUUUCAAAGGCAGAUCAGCGAUGAGGAGAAAGAGAACAAGACAAACACCUAUAGCAACAAGGAAGAAGUGGUUCCGUCCACCUUGGAGCACAGGCAUGUCCUUGCCUCAGAAUACCGCAACCGAUUCUUCAUCCGUAUAAAGACUGGAAGCUUCAAGGACCAAUCCACGAAGCGCAGGAGGAAACGUAAAGAAGAUAAGGAAAAGAGGAAGAAGAAAAGAGAAUCUCGUCGGAAGGUGGGGCGGACUGAAAGUCAUAAAGGAAAGAAGGAGCUCUCAGAUGUCAAGGAGAUAUGUUGCGGGGUAGAGGAAGAUGGGAAGGAGGAUUGUCCUUUUCCGGAAGUGGUGGAAAUAAGUUCUUCGUCUGAAGCAGGGGAAGGUGAGGAAGAGAGCGCUGAAUCACUAGUGGACACACCAUCUCAAUAUGGAUAUGAUGACUUGAUUGAUUUCAGUAAGGAAAAUAGUAUGGCAGACAAAAACAAGGGAGAUGACACCAUUUCUGCAGAUGUGCAAGAGGUAACUGAGAAAGAGAACAUCUGCACUGAUAAUAUUUUAGAAGAUGUGAUGACAGUCAGGCCUGAGAAUUUGGUAGGAGAUGACAAAGAGGUGCAGGAAACUGAAGAGGCUGAUGACGAGGAAGCAGCAGCAGCAGCUGAUGAUGAAUCAUCAUCUCUUGUCAUUCCAUUUGAUGAGGAAGAGGAGGAGUCUUCAUCCUUGAUCAUUGCCGACGACUGCAUUGAAGAUGACGAUGAUGAUGAUGAUGACCUAACAGAAUUUGACGAUGGGAGGGAGAAAUGUCCGGAUUCUAAAGCCAUCUCAAGAGAAACUGUCAAGGAAGGGGAAUGGCAUGGAGUACUUGAUUUGACAAGAGCUGGUAAAGAGCAGUUUAAGAAAACCAAACAUCAGAAGAGCAUUGAAGAUCCUGACUCUGAUGAAUUCAUAUUUGAGAACAGUGGCAGUGAAACUUCAGAGACCCCACAGAUAUUAGAAGAAGAAGAAAACAGCCUAAGAAUGUCCGCCAAUGAGUUUAGGAAAGAGGAUAGUAAGAGGGAAUUAUAUGUUGAGGAUGAAAGCCAUUAUGAAAGCCAAGAAGACAUCACUGAUGAAGGAGAGGAGGAUGCUAUGCGAUCACUGGAACCCAUGGAUUUAACAUUUGCAGGGGACAGUGGAGAAAUGGUUGAAAAUGGAGAGACCUUCAUGGGUGAAAGUGCGGAAAAAACAAACUUUGAGAAAUCAGAGAGUGAGGUGAAUUCUGAGCCACCAGUCCGAAUGGAAAUGGACAAUACAGAGAAGCCACUGAAUGUGAUGGCUGAAGAUGUUGGCGACAUAAGACCAAUAAGAGCCAGCAGAAUCCAAGUCUUAGACAAAUGUAUGGAAGAGGAAGAUUUGAAACUUGAAAUGAAGACUUCUGAAAUAUUUUUGAAAACAAGAAAAGAUAAAGGAAAUCAUGAGGAAGAAAAGGAAGAGGCAAAUGAAAGGAUAAUAGUAGAUAAAUGCAGUGGCUAUAUAGAUCUUGAAACUAGAAAUGACCAAUUUGAACCACAAUUACCAGCAUUAGGUGAAAGUGAGAAGAUGAGAGAUUCGAAGAAAAUAGAUGAGAACAAGAAAACAGAAUCUGGGUCGGAAUGCCUUGCAACCUCAAAUGAACAUACUCUUCAAGAGAAUUCUGAUGUCAUCAUGAUGGAUUCUGAAUUAGGGGAAGACAAAAGGGAUGGUAUUGAAAAUAACGGUGAAACUUGUGAUAUCCAGAUGGAAGAAGAUUGCAAAUAUAAUGAUCUCAGAACAGAUGCAAACAUUGACCUGCGUAACCCUCCAGUUGCAGAGCUUGUGAAGGAAGCUGAGAAUGAACUGGUGUCGUUAUCAAUAGGUCCUCCGAAAACACUGGAAGACAACCAAGCUACCAGAACAGUGAUUAGUCCAUUAAUAUCUCCAAAGAAUGAUGGAGAAGCAUUUGUUGUCAGAAGGAAAGAAGAAAGUUAUGAUGACCCCAUGGAAAUGCAACAGAAAGGCCUGUCAGAAACAAAAGAACUUGACAAGGUGUACCGGGAAGCUGGCAAGGAAGUUGAAUCAGAUGUGCUUGAUUCCAAUCAAAGUUCAGAACAGAAGGAAAUAGAGGAUGGAAAGAGGAAUGAUGUUGAUGCGAAGGAAGAGACCAAUAAUAUGAGGGUGCCACAGGGGAUAGUGCUGUCUAAAACUGAAGAGCAGGAGAGGACUCAUCUGGAAGAUACAAAACAAGAGUCAGACAUGGCCAAUCCCAAGGAAAGCGGAGAAGUGGUGCAGGAUAGAGAAAGAAAGGAUGCUGGAAGGGAAGAAGAGAACAAUGAUGUCCCUUCUGAGUCUCAAGGGAUGGAACUGUCUGAAACCAAAGAACAGGACAGGACUCAUCAGGAAGAUGUCAAGCAAGAUGAAUCAGACCUGGAAGAUCUUAAAGAGAUUGAAGGAAUUGAGGUGGUACAAGACGGAGAAAUAAAGGAUGCUGGAAGAAAAGGGGAGAAUGGUGAUGACCUGUUUGAGCCUCAAGGUAUACAGCUGCCUGAAACCAAAGAGCUGGAAAGGACUCGUCAGGAAGAUAACAGGCAAUAUGAAACAAACGAGGCAGAUCUCAAAGAAAGUGCAGAAAUUGAGGUUGUGCAGGAUAAAGAAAGGAAGAAUGCUGAAAGCAAAGAAAAGAAUGAUGAUGACCCGUUUGAGCCCCAAGGUGAAUCGCUAUCUGAAACCAAAGAGCAUGACAGGACUCAUCUGGAAGAAACCAGGCAAGAUGAAUUUAACAUGGCUGAUCUGAAAAAAACUGCAGGAAAGGAGAAAAUAGUCGAAGAGAUGGAGGAGGUGAAAACUGCAGGUGUCUCCCAAACCACUAAAGGAGGUGGCAAUGAAGCAGAUAAAAGAGAAGGGGGAGAAGAUCAUGAAAAGAUUGUUGCAAUUGGUUCAAGCGAUGCAGAUGACCACAAAGAAGUUUGUGAUGAAAAUAUAAAGGAAACCAAGGGGAUGGGAGAAUUAGAGGAUGUGAAAUACAAAGACGAGGACAGAGAAAAGCAGAGCCUAGAUCUUGAAAAGUCCCUAGCAAUACUUUCAAUUAGAGAAAAUGAAGAUGAGAAGAAAGAAGAUUCUGAUGGAGAAACAAUGGAAACCAAAGUCGAAGGAAGUGAACAAGAUCAUGAAAUGAUUGCAGCAGUACAUUCAAUACAAGAGGAGAGUAAAAUAGAAUAUUUUGAGGAGGAAAUGCACGGUACCAGCAAGAAGAGGGAUGUUUAUAGUAUUAACAGUACAGAUGAGGAUGAUAAAAAUCAAAACAGGGAUCGUGAACAAAUGAAUGCAGUCUUGCCUACGUCCAUAAAUAGUGCUGGAAAUGAAGAAUUUGGUACUGACCAUAUUAGUAAACAUACAGAGCUUGAUGUGCCUCAAGGUGACAUUGAAAUUUUGGAAUCUGCAUCCAAGAUAUCAAAUGAGAGGGAAACUGGAGAAGGUGAAAACCAAAAAGUAGAGUGUAAUGAAGAAAUGGAGGAUUCCAAUGAGGAAAGAGAGAUCGAAGGUUUGAAAAGUGAAGAACAAGUCACUAGUGAUGAUAAGAGCGAAUGGGAUUCUGAAGAGAUAAAUAAACAAGUGUUACCAUCUUCAGGAAGUAACGAGAUAGAAGGAAAUGCUCAGGCUGAAGAAACCGACCUUGAAACGGCUGCUGCUGUAAAAACAAUAGAGAGGGAGUUGGGAAUAGUUGAAGAGGUUGACCAUCAGAGGGAAAAGUCGCCUCAAAGAUAUGACAAGAUGAAUCCUGAAAUAUCACAAGCAGAGGAAACAGAAGAAUGUGAUGGUAGAGAUAAAGAACAAAGGAGGGUGGAUGAUGAAGAAAUGGAAUUAGAAAUGAAAGAUACCCAUGGCAUUGCAGAAAAAGACAUGCCAAAGGUGGAAGCAUCGGUGAGUGAGGAAAACAUGUUGCAUCAAAGUGACAACCAAAACCUAGUGCCAGAAUUGAAAACGAUAAAGGAAGUGGAACCUGAGCAAAUGGAUGAUGUAAGACAGGAAAAUGGGAAAGAAAUCGUAGAUCAGAAAAAGGACGAACAGGAAAAGGGAGUGAGGAUUCCUGAAGCAACAUCUGCCAAGACUGGAAAGAAGUCAGAUACUAUGGCAAACAGUGUAGUGGAGAUGGAAGAAACAGAAGAAAGUCAAAUAGAUGCCAAAACAAUGGCUGAAGGCAAAGACAUGACUGGAUUUCAAGAAGGGGAUGCUGUUGUUCGGGAGAAUGAUAAACCUGAGGAAGAAAUGAUGAAGACAAACUCAGAAGAGAAUCUGAUGGAUCAGGGAAUCAAAGAAGGGGAUAUAAAAUGCUUGAUUACUGAAGAAGAAACCACAGUGACUGCUGCCAUUAGAAACGGUGCAGAUAACGGGUGUAUAUUGGAGAAGGAAACACCUGACCUUUCAGUAAAAGACAAAAGAGACCUAGGAAUUGGCAAGGUAGAACUCAAUUUCGAGAAAGUUGUGAAGUUGGUGGAAUCUGAAGUCUCAAAGGCUACCUAUGUACAUGAAGAAAAAGUGGAGGAGACUAAUGAACAGGACAAACUGGACAAAGCUGAGAAGGCUCAGAGUACAGAAAUAUCAACAGGAGAAGGCAAUCUCCAUGCAUGUGAGGAGAAAAGAAGAAAUGGGGAAUCUAGGCCAAAUGAUUAUGUUAAAAACAUCGGAGUUGCAUCAAAAGAUGAUCACAUGGAGAUGAAAAGAGUAGACAAAGAAACUAUCAGUGAUGUUGACACCAGGCUUGCAAAUGACCAUUUGAAGAGAAGGAGCUCUGAGGAGAAUCUGACUGGCAGGACUCAUGAUAAAGUGGAAGAUAAGGGAGAUACACACCGGAAUAAUGAAAUGAGCGAGGAUGAAGCUGUUGCGAGUUCGUGCCAUGGGGAUGACAUGGAAAGUAUGAAUGAAGGAUUGACAGCUGACAAAGAAAAUAAGUGUGACAAAAACAACAGAAUUCCAUCUCCAAAUGAAGCAACAGAGGCACGGGACAUAACCAGUGGAAAUACAGGCCAUGUUCAAGAAGCUGCUCUCAAGGACAAAGUGGAAGUCUUCAAGAGUAAAGCACUUUGGAACUCUGAUGAUGCACUUGAUUUACAUGUUAGCCUAAAAGAGAGAAUAGAAGUAUCAGGGAAGACAACUGCUGACAAUCCUUGUAGCAACCUGGAUGACACCCUAGACAAAGUGGACCUUCAUGAAAGCAAAGACGGUGAUACCAGUACAAAAGAAAGAACGAAAACCACAGUAGAAGAAGAACUUGAGGAAGGUGAAUUACCAGAAGAUGAUGAGGAGGAUAUCAUUGAGGGUACAGAUGGUGACAAAGAAGAAGGAGAGAUAACAGAAGAUAUUGAGGAUCUAAAAGAUGAAAGAACAAGAACUGUUGAAAUUGAAGAUACAACUCCAGUAGUAUCAGACAAGACAAAGGUGCAUAGGCAUAACUCACAACAGGUGAGGAGAAGAAGUCAAGAAGCUAUCGACAUUAAAAAGAUCAACUCAGAUCAUCAAACAACUCAUUGUGAUGUACAACAAAACUCCAAAACAACUGUGAGAAGUGCAAUUGGUUUCAAUAAAGAAAGGUCCUAUUCAACAAAAGACCAUCGAAGAUCAACAAACUCAGAGCCUAGUAAUGCCAUUCCAAUUGAUGAGGAUGAUGAAAUUGAAGUAUUGGAAACUAACUUUUCAAGGAAACUAGACAAAAGCAAUAAUGGAAUUAACUCUUUGGAAAGUGAUGUUUACAUUGUUCAUGAAGAACCAGCCAAACCAGGAGUAAGACUGCGCAGCCACAGAAGGAAAAGCACUGAACAAGCAAAAAAUAGGACAGCUAAAUCGAGCCAAAACUGUAAAACACUGUCCACAAACUUUGGAAGUGGGCUGAAAAAGGUAUCACCUAUUUCUAAUUCACAUGUCAGUAAGGGAGACAAAGAUGGAAAUAUUGCAAGGAAAGUGGUGCAUGGUGUGAAAGCUCACUUACACCAGGCUUCUAAUGGCCCUAAAGAACUUGUCAAGAGUAGAGAAUCUGUGGAAGAAAAGAACAGCACUUGCCAGAAUCAGGUCUUCCGACCCAAAGAUUCUGUAAGCAGUGAUAGACAAGAUUACCUGUUCAAUAGGAUAGAAGUAGGCAGUGGUGACGCAGGUACGUAUGCUGGUAAAGGUGGAACAAAAAGGAAGAGCGAUGAAGAAGAUGAUAGUGACAGCGGGUUCCAGAGUCGUCCAAAGAAGAAACAUGCAGGAAAGUCUGUCUGGCAGAUGGUUCAAAGAAAAGAAAAGAAGCCAGAUGAGCCUGUCUUUGAAGGCAACACCAAAAUCAACCGUCAGAAGAUUGUCAUCAAGAUCUCCAAGAAACUCUUGUCAGAUCAACCUGAGACCAAUGAGCCACAGAACAUCACCAAAAGGAAGGAGCCGGAGAAGUCAUCAAGUAGACACAGCUGGAACGAAGGGGAAAAGAUGGAGGUAACUGAUAGAGAUGAAGGAUAUCGAGAAAGAAGGAUGACUAAUAGGGUGGAGGAUGAACCAAAGGAGAAGCGAGAGAAGGCACAGGUGAAUGGAAGAGGUGGAAAGACUGGAUCAUCAUCAUCAGAGGCUUCGAGGAGAUCGUCAUCACUUCCCAACACAAAACAGGAUAACAAUAUAAAUGAUACUAAUCUGAAGAAUGGGAGAGAAAGUAAGACCAACUCAAAAUCGAUGUCCAGUGAUCUUCUCAAAGACUUAAAGAAACUCAAAGCACAUGGGAUCAAACAAGGUGACCUACCAUGGGUCAAGGACCUCCUAGGAACUAAACAUGUUGCAUGCCUGUCUGAGGUAUGUGCUGCCCUUACCAAGUUUAUGGACAGCAAGGAUCAUAAAAUCAAUCUUGUCGUUGAGAUGGGAUUCUGCCCUGUGUUGGUCAAUCUUCUCAGGAGUGAAUCGUCAGAAGUGAUUUCAAGUGCUCUCUUGGCAGUCAGCCAUAUAGUAUCAGGGAAUGACUAUCAAACACAGGCUGUCCUGGAGUGUUCUCCAUUACCAUUGUUCUGUAACUUCCUGAGCCGUCAUAAACACGAUGUCACACUCAGGAAAGAGGCAUGCCUUGCUCUCUCUAACAUCACAGCUGGCACCAGUCAACAAAUACAGCAUCUUGUGAACGAUGGUCUGUUUCCAGUCUUGCUCAGUGCCAUGCAGCAUGAUGAGUUCCAGGUCAUGUAUGAAGCUACAUGGGCAGUCGCUAAUGCAACAGUCAAUGGCUCACCAGAGCAGAUUAGGUACAUAGUAAAGCAGGGUUUCUUCCAAGCUUUCUCUGAGAUUCUUAAACACGACGAUGACACACUGAUCCAGAUUGCGCUUGAUGCCAUGUACAACGUUCUCAAACUAGAUACCAAACACAAGAAAGUUGGCAAAACCACUCCCUAUUGCCGACAGGUCAAAGAAUUUGGAGGCUUGCAAAGAAUCAGAAAUGUUCGACUGAGCGGUUCGACCGUUGUCAAGAAGAAGGCUUACAACAUGCUGACUACUUUCUUCCCAGACUUCUAACAAUGAUUUCAUACUCAUUGGCCAUCUCAGGUGAUAGCGCAGCAUUGCUUCAUGGAUAGAACCUGUCUGUGCCUUUGCAGAAAACUCUUAGCACCCGCUCUACAGCAUCUUGCAAAGUUCUGCAUUCUUAGAGAUCAGACGUUAUUGGUCUUGAAGAGCAGAUUGUGGAAAUAAUUGAUGCAACGGAAACCAUUGGUCCAAGAAAAAUCUGUUGCCAUUUUCUAAGGUUUGCAUUCCAGUGUGGGGUAGAGAGAAAGCUGGGAAUAAGCGACAGGGUUUGCAGAUCAGAGGGAAUUCCAGGUAUAAUCUAUGGCCAAUCUGCAGGAUAGUUUUCAGGGGUUUGGAGACCUACAUGUAUGUGGGACAAAAGGAAGCCCAGGUUACUCUGCUGCAUAUCUACAGGACACUUCUGUAGGGUUUUCAGAUCUAUGUAAACCCAGGUAUAGUGUGUAGCCAAUCUGCGGGACAGUUUUCUAGGAUUUGUAAACCUACAUGUAUAUGGAGCAGGGAAAUCCAGUAACAAUCUUCUGCUAAUCCGCAGGACACUUUUCUAGGAUUGUAAGACCAAGGAAAUCCCACUUCUGUCGGGCCUUUAAGUAGCAAUAUGUUGCUCUGUUUGGUACGCUUGCUGUCAUGAUAUUCAUCACAAGUGUACUUUCUAUGUUUUCUGAAACUUGAUGAUUGUAUCUUGUUGCAUCAGUGGUCUUCUACAGGAUCUUGCUCUCUUUGAUCGCUUACAGCAUCUUCGCUCGCAUGGUUUUCAUGUUUCAUUGUCUUCUCUCAUGUCAAGUACUUUAUCAAGCAUAACGUUAUAGGAGGACCCAAUUGCAACAUCGUCCCACUUGAAGUUGGUGUUGGUGAUGUCGGGUAAUCCUUCAAAAUUAAUAAGGCAACGUCAAUCUUAUCAUAAUUAUAUUCUUCUCUUGGACAUUCCCCAUUCUGUGCUAUCCGACAUCACUUGGAAAUGCCAUUUGAGUUGUUUAAGGUGUACUUUUCAUGGGGCUCUCGUAAACAAGAAAUGUUUGCUUCAGUCUAUAUGCCUUGGUUGGAAUAUGACCUGUUAUCAAGGACAGCCUCCCUCCUGGCUUUAAUCCACCUAGAGCUCUGCUUGUACCAUGACAAGCAUGUAUCAAGUCAUUCUUUACUGGAAGAAGUGUAUGCAGUUGAUCACUCUAUGCCUUAUGUAAAGUGAUUACAUGUAUGUAACACUGAAGUCAUUGAUCUUGUGUGUUUUGUAUGUAGAACGUGAAAGGAACGGUCUUGAAAAAUAUGGUGUUGGUGCUUUGAGUAUCUAACGUGUCAAGUGGUGUUUUUUUACAUAUUGUGAUUGUAUGUAACAGUUUACCUCACUAUAUUGCACAUUAGAUGAGAAAGGCAUUAUAGUUUCAAGGCUGCUUAUAGUUGAUGAACGGAAUUAGAAAGUGCACCGUAGUGUAAUUUAUUCUUGCAUUUCAUUUUGUUUUGUCAUUAAUUAUUGACUACCUUAUGGGAUUAAUGGGCUAUAUCUAACCGAUUUUGAUCAAUCGAUGACAUUGUAUCACUUCACAGAUAAAUCAGAGUGAGCUGUUACAAGUCCAUUGCUAAAAAAAUAUGUGAAUUAAAUUAGUGGUAUACAGUAAUGGUUUUGUUAAUUUGUCAGGAUUUUUCCCCCUACUUGAUAUGCCAACAAUUAUGAGGUCAUGCGAAACUUGAUGAAUACUUUCAUGACUCGUCCUGCUGGUAUACUUUACAAGGCAGUUUAUUUAAUUGUGAUUGAAGUUGGGAUUUCUAUUUCUGAAAACAAAAAUAUAGUAUACCCCCUUAGGAGAACACCCACUUAUUUUAAACAAUCACAAGGUGAUUAUUAAUUCUUUAAUUUUGGAAUUUUGCAUUCUCUGAUUGCAGCUGAUAUAGAAGUACUAUUUGAUAGUACAUUUAAAUCUCUGAUCAAUUAGAAACUAAAUGAUCGUAUUAUAUAAUUGAUAGUAAAAGCUCCUUGUAUUAAAAUGUGUGAUGUAGGUAUAAAGUAUUACGUGCUUACCCAUACCAAUAAUACUCUUGUUCUUUCAGAUGUAUUGAUAAUAUCAUAUAAGAAAUAUAUCUAUAUCUUUCUAGAUAUUUUUACCAGAGUUUAGAGGAUAUUUUACAAUAGUAUAAAUGUAUAUCAAAUAACAAUUGGGUCUACGAUUUAUAUAUUUUGUUUGUGUGUGAAUAUAUUGAAUCACUUUACGGUAUCAUAAGAUAGAAAUAUGAACAUAUCAGUACUCUAAUUUUAUUCUAAUGUUUAAAAGCAACACUUAUAUACGCAAUCUUCUAGUAAAAAGUAAAAAAGUAAACAUAAUUGGUGCUCAUAAAGUGCGUAAUCAUUUAAAACUGCUAUAUGAUGUACAGUUCUGCCCAGUGGCAUGUUGCUACGUCAGGACUGGCACAUACUCAUGAAGUGGAACAAUAUUCAUAAGUAGGUAUAGGGACCUAUUUGUUGUUAAAAAGUUAUAUCCCACAAAGAUGCUCAGACUUAUCUAUGAAAAAGACUUUAGUUAUUCAGCUUCCAAAAUCUAUGGAGACUGGCUUAUAAGGAUAACACAUUUAUAUCGUUGAACAUUAUUAU